AUGGAGGCCUCCUUCCCCGCCUCUGGCCAGACCUUGCUCACCAGUAGUGUCUCCCCAGGUGUCCCUGCCGAGAACGUGUACACUAAAGUGCAGCACCUUGAAGGGGAGACUCUGUCUGUGCAGUGCUCCUACAAGAGCCGCAAAAACCACGUGGAGGGCAAGGUAUGGUGCAAAAUCAGGAGGAAGAAGUGCGAGCCUGGAUUCACCAGGGUCUGGACGCAGGGGCCACGCUACCUGCUGCAGGAUGACGCCAAGGCCAAGGUAGUCAAGAUCACCAUGGCGGCCCUCAGGCGCCAGGACUCGGGCCGGUACUGGUGCAUGCGCAACAGCUCGGGGACCCUGUACCCUCUGACGGGCUUCCUUCUGGAGGUGUCUCCAGCCUCCGCCAUCAAGAGAAGCACUCCUCUUCCACAGCUGGCCAGUAUCCUCCAGAGUGGAACUGUCGUCACCGAGGGCCCAGCCCCCACCUCAGGCCCCGAUGCCCCUUUCACCACCAGUGUGACAGUGCUCACACCUGGUCUCUUCACCAUGACCAGACUCGUGCCCUCCGCUGCCUCAGGGUCCAUCAGACUGACCUCCAUGACAGGCUACAGCUUCACCAGCGCUGGCUCCUCUACCAUGGGGCCCGGGAGGACCAUGGGGUCCCAGACCGUGACUGUGCCCCCCAGCGAUGCCGGAGCCUCCUCUGCCGGCCCAGUGUCUGUGUCUACCGGGGCUGGGCCCCCGCGUGCCAGAUCACCCACCACGGGAACGUGCCAUACCAGUGGGUCUCUCAUCAACAAAUUAUCCCCUGACAGGCACCAGGAUUCAUAUCCCAUUGUGCUCCUGGGGGUGCUGACCUUCCUCCCAGUGCCUGUGAUGUUGAUCGUGGUCUAUGGGUUCUGGAAGAAGAGACACAUGGGGAGCUACAGGGUGUGCGACAAUCCUGCUAGAGCCUGGAGGGACCCACUUGGAAGCCCGGAGCCUCCGUGGAAGCCUGCUUGGUCCGAGGCCACUUAA